UUGCUUUCCCCCCAGAAGAGGAAAAUAGUUUCCUUUUGAGUGUUGCGCUGCAUACAGAGAGCUUGAAGAGAUGGCAUCGUACCGUGCUAUGUCAGAGGACCAGUUCCUCUGCUCCAUCUGUCUUGGUGUUUUCACUGACCCGGCCACAAUCCCGUGUGGACACACCUUUUGCAAGCCAUGUCUCGAGUGCUAUUGGACCAGCAGUGGAGACCCUGUAAUCUGUGCUCUGUGCAAGACUAGCUUCACACCUACCCCCACCAUCCUGGUCAACAUAGUCUUGAGAGACCUCGUGGAAAGCUUCAAGGGGGCAAGUGGAGAAGGGGACAAGGCCGUCGACCAGCCAACUAUGGCUCCGGGAGAGGUCUCCUGUGACGUAUGCAUAGGAGACAGGAUGCCCAAGGCCGUCAAGACCUGCCUGGUGUGUUUGUCGUCGUACUGCCUGGAGCAUGCAAGGGUCCACAAUGCCCGAUUUCCCAGGCACCAGCUGGUCAGACCCCUGGCUAACCUGGAGGAGAGGAUGUGUCCGAACCACGAGAGGCUCCUGGAGCGUUACUGCCGCACCGACAAGACCAUGCUGUGUGUGGAGUGUGACGCUCACCAGGCGCCGGCCCACCAAGUUGUGACUAUGCAGGUAGAGUUCUUGGCCCAAAAGGCUCAGCUGACUAAAGACCAGGCAGUGGUCAAGGAUAAGCUGAAGGCCACUCGGAAAGAGGCAGAGAAAUUAAACUCUUCAGUCCUACUCUGUAAGGAUGCAGCGGUGAGACAAAUCGAGUUUGUGAAUGCGUUCCGCCUAGCCCUGAUCAGCAAGGUGGGGCUGAGCUGUGACCGCUACAACACUGAGGCCCGGAGGAGGGUGGACGAGCUGGAGAGCACAGCUUCGGAUUGGAGCCGUGCGCUUGAAGAUGACAUCACAGCUCUGAUGAGCAGAGGCGCUGCGCUGGAGCGGGUGAUUGGCUCCUCAGACUCCUUUGAGCUUCUUAAUAUCCUUCCCUCUCUCCCUUCUACUCCUCCAGAUGGAAACAGAGGACCAUUCAGCGUCAACAUCCUCACGGAUCUACUCGGAAACCUUCUGAAGAAUUUAAAUAAACACAUCGCCGAACUAUCCAAGAUGGGCUACUUGUCUACAAAUGGCAAUGCUGGCUCAGAGAUUUCCUUGGUUAAAGAGUUCACAGUUGAGGUGACACCUGACCCCAGCACAGCCCACCCAUCGCUCCUGUUCAGAAGGGGGUCCCGUGGUUGUGAGAUUAGAGUGGACCGGAGCAAGAUCUAUAGGAAGUUCCCCCUGUCUGCCCAGCGCUUCACCCAGGUGCCUUGUGUCCUCGCCACCCAGGGGUUCAGCAGCCACCGAGCAUACUGGGAGGUUGAGGUGGAGGACUGGGUUGGAAAUGGAUCUGAUGUGUGGUUUAUUGGUGUGGCAACUGAGUCCUCCAUGACAUCUCGAGGGGUGAAUCUCACCCCUGAGAAGGGCUUCUGGGUCCUGGUACACCGUGAGGGGAAGCUUUGGCCCGCCACGACCCCCAACCCUGCCGCGACCCCCAACUCUGCCAUCACCCCUAUGGCUGUUGUAACACAAAUGAUAAGGGCACAUGUGGGUGUGUACUUCGACGGGCAGGAGCGACGCAUGUCAUUCUACGACGUUCAUCUUGGUCGUCACCUCUACACGUACGACCACAUCCCAACCAAUGAAAGACACUUCCCCGUCUUCAGCCCCGAUUUCUUCCGCCCUGCAUUCAAUCCUAUCAACCUCGCCAUGAUCGUUACAACCCACACUGCCGCAAACCACCUACGUGGACGAUGAUGCUCAGUGCCAGUCCAAGUCUUUUGGGGCAGAGUUCUGGUCAGGAUCACUUGACUUGUUUGUUUUGUCAAAUGUGUUAUUAUCCAGUUUUAAAAAGGAGUUCUUACUGUUUCUAUGAUUUAUUUUUGUGUGUAAAGUUUUACAAAAUAAAAGUUUUUCAAUUUA